GAUCACAAUGGCAGAGGUUUGAUUUGUUCAGUAUUCCAAUCGGUUUUAUUUUCCUCCCUCGUCUCCACGAAUUUUGUGCGAGAAUACGAAGAAAGAGGAAGAGUAUAAUCGAAUACGUUUUAAAGCAGAGCUCAUUGUAUCCAUCCAGUAAAGCGUCACGUUACCCCUCUCUAUAUAUUUUUUCUCUUCUACCGAGAAUAUUCGCAACUGCCGCACCGGAUAAAAAAGAAAACUAUCCCACUAAUUUUCUGGAGUGUGGUUUCUUGAUUUUCUCACCAAAUAUCCCGAGUACCACUUGUUUAAACAUUUCUUAAUUUUCUGCUAGCGAUUUAAACAACACACACACACACUCGCACACGCACACUUUCCAACGUAAUCUUGUUCAUCAGAGCUGUUUUCCAGCAGAUUGGAUUCCCUCCUCUCUCUCUACAAAUACAUGUUUUUUGUAGGUUACCUUCGAGAUCUUGGAAUCAACCGAGCAGACAGUCUCUACCCCUCCUCCUGCGAUUCUCCUUUAUCCGUUUAACAACACACACGCAUGACCGCGUUCCCUUACCACUCCUUUCUUCGCCAGUGUUAUUGAUUGUUAUUAUUGUUACUGUUUUGUGUAGCGUACAAAUUCACAGAGAUGGCGACGCCUGAAGCUUCCGCGCCGCCGCCGCCGCCCGUGACCGUGAGCGGCUUCGACAGUAGCGCGUCCACUGCGAAGCUCGUUUCGGUGGUGGUGGUGCGCAGCCUCCCGCUUGGGUUAGCAGCGGUGGCGCAAAUGUCCAUCAACGUUGUGUUGGUAGCCAUGACGGGGCGGAUGGUCGGCGAGGCAGCCCUCGGAGCCACGACGCUGGCCUGUGGCCUUCUCAACGCCACCGCCUUCUCCUUCGCUGCUGGAUUCUCCGGUGCACUGGAGACGGUGCUCUCGCACUCGUACGGACGUGACCCGAACAGCAAACUCUUUGGCGUCUACGCGCAGCGCAUGUCGCUCAUGCUGCUCGUGGUCUCCGCCUUCGUCGGGCCCAUUUUGGCCUUCUCCGAUUCUUUUUUAAUUGCAAUUGGGCAGAACGUCCACGUGGCGCAUCACACCGGUCAGUUCUGCCGCGUGGCGCUGUUUGGUGUGUACUCCGUGAUGCUACUGGAGAUGAUGCGACGCUACUUCGCGUGCCAGCACCUGAACACGCAGCUCUCCGUCAACUUGAUUGUCGGUGCUGUCUCAUUCCCCUUUGUGCUGUGGGUGUGCUUGAAGCUGUUCGGUUUUCAUGGGGCGGCAAUUGGAUGGGUCAUUCUCAUGGCGUGCAUGCCCAGCUCGCUCUUCAUUUACCUCUACGCCACGGGCAAGUACAAAAAGACCUGGGGAGGCUGGGAUCCGGCGGCGCUGGCAAAUUGGCGUCCACUUCUCCGCCUUGCGUUUCCCUCGAUGGCGAUGAUGAUGAGCGAGUGGAUGUCGCUGGAAAUCAAUCUCAUCAUGGCUGGCUUCGCCUCUACCAACGACCUGGCUGCCUUCAGCAUUGUCUAUCAAUGCUCCGGUGUCGUGUGGAGUCUCACCUCGGGGGUGUUCAUCGAGUCUGCCGUGCUGAUUGGAAACGCACUCGGCCAAGGCAAGCCGCAGUUUGCGAAGCGGUGCGCCUUUAUUUGCCUCGGCUCUUCCAUGGGAUUCGCCUUGGUGAACAUCGCUGUCCUGCUGCUGUUUCAUCAGUAUAUUCCUCGGCUUUUCACCGACAGCGAGGAGGUGUACGACACGUACCACCAACUGCUCCCGUUCUUUGUCGUGUACCACUUCUUUGAUUGCAUUCAGAGUUGCAUGAUGGGCGUGCUGCGCGGCUGCGGGCUGCAGACCCUCGGUGCCGCAUCCAUCGCCCUUGUGUACUCUAUCGUCGGCGUCCCCGUCGGUGCGAUUGUGUUCUUCUGCACGAACGUCGGCAUCCGCGCGCUUUGGAUGGGCCCCGCCUUUGGCGUCACCGUGGUCGGCUUUCCCUUGUAUGUCUUUCUCUUCAAGUUCUACAUUCCAUGGGAGAAGCUGGAGAACCGCGAGAACGAAAUCCCCAGCUUGAACACCUCGAUGGACGAGCGAUCGAUUCAGGCGUACACGGCAACGCACCCGCCCUCGGUGCUCCCGUCGGAUGAGGAGGAGCCGCUGUCGAGCCCCCGCGAGGACGCGGGGGGCGGCGGUGCAGGGCAAAGCCGCCACGCCUCCCUCCACCAGGACUCCUUCGCGGAGGGCGGCCGACUGACGCCGACUUCGGCGCCCCUCGCCGGGGCCCCCACCCUGGACAACGCAUCCUUCACCUCCCUCAACAACUUCUACAUCCCGUCGCGUAGCAUCUUGUCGGUGCCGCCCUUCCUUGCGAGCAGCCUCAGCCCGUCCGAGCCGCAUCCCCUGCCGGUGCUUGCGAACGGGUCCAUCUCAGGCCCCAUCAUGCCGUCCCUGGCCGAUACAUCCGCGACGGCAGCGACGCCAAAUCAAACCAGCCAGGAGCACGUUAGGGCAAACAGCCGUAGCAGCAGCAGGCGUAAUCCCUCAGCGCCGCCGAGCUCUGCGAGCAGCAGUGGCGGCGUCGCUGUCGCCUCGAUGCCGUCAGGGCGGUCGCGCUCGUCCUCCGGGAUGAGUGGCCCACAACGGUUAGGGGACGGCCUGCACACGAACUUGCCGUCAUCGUCGAGCAGCGAGCACCGCGGAGGAUUAAGCACGUGA